AUGUACCAUGACAAGCGCUUUCAAAAGGAUUCUCACUUUGCAUUAAUUGCUUUUAAUCAUGAGCAAAUCAAACAAAGUACAUCUUCAGGAUACCUGCUUGCUGAGACUCCAAAAUUUGACAAUAUUUCAAAAAGACUUAUGGAUGUUGAUGUUGAAGUUCUAAGUGACUUGAUCCAAAGAAUGGAAGAUGGAGAGAGAGUAAAGCCUGAAACUGAUGAAGAGUCCUUGUGCUUUCAGCUUAUCAAAGACUUGGAUCAUGUCUCAGGAAGAGUUCAAGGCUCAACCACCACCAAAAAAUAUAUGUGCAAUGAAAUCUGGUCUCUCAUCUCAUUCAUUGGAGCUCCAUCUUGGUUCAUCACAUUCUCUCCAGCUGAUAACAUGCACCCUAUAUCAUUGUACUUUGCUGACACUAAGGAAAAGUUUAGUCCAUUGUUAAGAGAAUAUGAUGAAAGAUACAAAUUAAUUGCAAAUAAUCCUGUAGCUGGUGCUAGAUUUUUUCACUUCAUAACUGAGAUGUACAUCAAGCAUGUUCUUGGUGUGGGUGAAAAACAUAGAGGACUGUAUGGAGAUACAGAGGCAUUUUAUGCAACAGUGGAACAAUAG